CAUUCGCGUGGCUACGCGCACGCAGUCGCGCACGUGCAACGAUCGUUUGACCACGUGCGCACGCUCUCUCUCUCCCUCAUCCGCAAGAGCUGCCGGCGAAGUCGAGAGAGGGAGUCGCCACUCGUCACAUCAACAGAAACAUGUGCAUCACGCGAAAGCUCCAGCUGACUCUGGCGAUCCUCAAGCCCGACGUUUGCAAGAUCCCCGUGAAACUCGAGGCCGUUCGGCAGGUGAUCUUGGAGAACGAUUUCAUAUUCGUCAAGAGCAAGAUGGGAACUUACUCGAGGGAACAGAUGGAAAAGUUCUACGCCGAGCAUCAGGGAAAAUUCUUUUUCGAGAGACUAGCAAGCUUUAUGUCCAGCGGACCAUUGUCAGUCCACAUAUUGGCAAAGGAGAAUGGCAUCAAGGAGUGGCGUGCGCUUCUGGGACCAACACAAGUGUUUAGGGCUAUUCACGAUGCCCCCAAUUCCAUUCGAGCACGGUUUGGCCUGACAGACACGCGCAACGCUGGUCACGGAUCGGAUUCUGAGGAGUCGGCCAGGCGCGAGAUUGGCUUCUUCUUCCCGGAGUUUGACCAGGACAUGUGGUACCUGGAGCAAGGUAUGCACAUCCAAGGUGUGUUGUGCCAAGUUCAUGGCAUCAAACUAUUACAUCUAGCAGAAAAUUUUGCCACAUCAAAUUUACGUCUAACAUUGCAUAAGUAUAGUAGCAAUGCAUUUUGAGGUUUAACUACUAAGAAUACCUAUAUAACAGCUCAGCCACAUCAUGUAGUGAAUGCUUUUUUUUUUUGUUCCUAUUUUUCUCCUCCAAAAGCAGCAUCAUUCGGAGUUUUGUUCCCAGCAUGCAAGAUUUUCAUAUUGCUUCUUGAGGACUUAUCUAGGAGGUGUCAGCACUAAUUUAUAUACAUAAUUUUUAUGAACCUCUGGCAGCACACAACUACUACCACAUAUGGCAUUCUUGCUCAACGAGUUUGCCAGUAUGCUAUCCACAAUGCUGACCGGUGUUGUACAGUCGCGUCCACAUCUGUGUGGAGCGCACGAGUGGUUGGCUUUUGCUCUGUGUGGCGACACCUUGCAGUAGUUGCGGGCUCAGUCGUCGGCGGGACUAUUAGGCAGCACAUGCUCACGGUGCACCAUGUCAGACCCCGAAACUGCCAGUAGGUGUUGCCCCGCACAGCAGGCGGUGGCUGCUCGGGCGCUCAUAGCAGACACUGCUGUAGAUAUCUUCCUGAGCUACGGCAAGGCGCAUAUAUUUGUUGGAGUAGAUCACUGGCACUACCUUACAGGCCCCUUCACACACAUUCUCAUAGAGAGUUGAGGCAAUACUGUCUCGGGGAAUUCGAGCCGUCUCAAAUAGGACAUUUUUUACAGCUAGCCGCUCCACUCAAAGCCCACUUAGAUAACCGAGGUAAAGCUGGAACCUUGCGGGAAUAAUCAAUAGUACUUCAUAACGUAAUUUCAAUUUUCUUAGGGUGUGCCUAGUUCAAUUAUUCAGAGAAACCGAAUGAAUUUUCGUAAGCAGUAUCCAGCAUUUCAAAAAGACUUCCAAAUAUGCAGCACCGCCGCCAAUUAGGUGUAGUGCUACGAAUGAUUUAUGCAUUGAGCAUUUUCGUUGAUUUUUCUAGAUCUUUAGCCAGGUACCAUAGAAGUUAUUGCCAUCUUAUACGUAGUUUUACUUUUAUCGUGUCUGCACUCUUCGCAUCUUAAAUAGCUCCUUCAUUGUGAUCACUGUAGCUGCCAUGCGUAAGCACAGCCGCGUUAAAUAUAUCUCAUGCUUUCAAAUAAGGUUUGAUUCGCUUGUGUGUGAUGCACUUUUCAUAGUUGUGCAUUCUGGCAAAGAGGCUCCGCUCACAUGCUACGUACAGUUUUACAUUAUGCCAUUAUGCGUUUUGCUUGCCAAUGCUGCUGACAAUUUGUGCUCUUUGAGUGCCUUAGAUGGCACGUCAGUUGUGUCAGAGGAACAGCGUACAGCAAAAAUAAAGCAUACACAGCUGACCUUCGCAAAGUAGUUUCUGGCACAAAAUAGCUUUGGUAUAUCAGUUAUUAAACAUUUGUCGCACUGCAGUAGUGGAAAGACAUUUCUUUCUAUAUUUGCAUGAUUCAGACCAGCAAUUUUAUGCACCUCUAUAUAUCUAUGUUAUAAUUGCAUUAACAUGUUAUAAUGGAGGCAUGCUAGAAUUAUGUGAAUACGUUACUCCACAGGAUCGGAUAAUGCUAUAAUGUCCAUGUCUGUUUUAUCAAGGUGUCAACUUGUACAUACAAAUAUUCACUAUUUUUAUGUAAUGAGCAAUGGAAUAAAUAUUUAUUGACAUUGCGACA